AUGCUGCCAUCGUCAUCUUUGAAACCGAUUGUUCCCUCCGCCUCUCUUUUGCGUUUCCUGCGUUCCCAAUCCGACUCACUUCUCUUCUUUACGGCAAACUCGUCAACGUGCGGCGGUCCGGUCCAAUCCCGACCACCUUGCGCCUUGUCAUCCGGGAAUUAUUCCAUAUGGACUGAGAUAACCCCAGCGCGGCGCCAUGCGACUUUAGAGGCCGGCUUUCUCCCUGUUCCAAGUUUUCCGAGACGCAACACCCUACGAUGUCGAACCUCGUCCGGCCAGUCUACCUUCACAAAGGUAGACCUGUAUCCCAAGAUACAGAAUACACGAGCGUCAUCUACAAAAAGCCGCCCUCUCUUGCGCAGGAUUCUUGAUUUCCGGCGCGGAAAGGCAGCCGCGGACGCGAAGCUUAAUCGCGCUGGUGGACCGGCAUUGAUUGACGACGGAGCCGAUGCUGGCUUGAACUAUAAACGGAGUCUGGCAGCGAAAGCCCCAAACGAGUUGCGGUUACGAUGUACAGAGUUUGAUAUCAAUGGCAAUGUGACUCUUGUGAAUGGCGAGUUCAAGAAGAGCGAGCUCAUCGCCAAGUAUGGCUUGCUCCCUCGAGAUCUCCGAAAGAUCGAUUCGUCGACCCUUCCUCAUAUUCUCGUACGGCCCAGCGCGAUCCUCAUCAACCUCCUCCAUCUUCGGGUGCUUAUCAAGGCCGACCGGGUUCUGGUCUUUGACGCCUAUGGAUCGACGGACUCGUAUAUGCAAUCGCUAUUCGUGUACGACCUGGAGGGGAAGCUACGGCAGAAGCAGUCGCAGGGCGCCGGUGCCUUGCCGUAUGAGUUCCGGGCUUUGGAAGCUGUCUUGAUCAGCGUCACAAGCGGUCUCGAGGAAGAGUUCAACGGCGUUAGAGAACCGGUCGUGCGCGUCCUCCGGGCGCUGGAGGAAGAUAUUGAUCGGGACAAGUUGCGGCACCUCCUGAUCUAUUCCAAGAGACUGGGUACUUUCGAGCAGAAGGCACGUCUCGUCCGUGACGCCAUCGACGAUCUGCUGGAGGCAGACGACGACCUGGCGACAAUGUAUCUCACUGAGAGUGCGAAUGGCUUCCAGCGUGAAGAACACGAUCAUCAAGAAGUGGAGAUGCUUCUGGAAUCGUACCACAAGGUUUGCGAUGAGAUUGUGCAGGCUAGCGGCAACCUGGUAACUAGCAUCCGUAACACCGAGGAAGUCGUGAAAGCUAUUCUCGAUGCUAACCGCAACUCGCUCAUGCUUCUGGACCUUAAGUUUAGCAUUGGGACGCUCGGCCUUGCGACUGGAACGCUCUUCUCCGCCCUGUACGGAAUGAACUUGAAGAACUUUAUUGAGGAAUCGGACCUAGGAUUCGGCGCCGUCUCGGUGACCUGCUUUGCUAUCACCGCAGUGGUCUGUGUGUACGGACUAGCUAAGCUGCGCAAACUCCAACGCGUCCGGAUGUGGGGUGAAGCCGGCGUAGGUGGUGCUCCUAUCGUCCCUCUUCCCACCCGCAGCGGGGCGCUUGCAGGCCACCGGUCUAACUGGCGUGCGGAUGCGAUCGAACCUGUCUGGGGUAGUCUUCCCGGUGAAGGACGAACUGAGAGGAUCAAGCGUCUGAGGGACGGGGCCGCGGCUGCUGCGGCUACCAGGUCUGUCGCUUCUGAACCCACCGCGCACCGAGCUUCGAUGAAGCAUUCACCGGGAAUGGGUCGUGCAGAGCAGUAUGCCUCUGAAGGCGCUGCCGCUAACCCUGGAGGAUCUCUGUAA